UGAAGGUGGGUUCACUAUCUUCGCAGCUUUGUGUGAAAGCCAGUUCAGCUCCUGAACCCAAAACUGUUAAACAGCCUUUUGGUGCAUAACCUGUUUCAGAAGACAGAAUCUGGACGACUAGGAUAUUUUCUUUCGGUAAAUGGGUUUAUGAAGAUAACUGGGACCCUUGUAUCCCAGAAAGCUAAAAGUUUUCUCUCGUACAGCAAGUAACCUUAUGUUCUAAUGUCUUCCACGUUUGAGAGCUGGGUGGAUGGUCUAGGCUAGUCAGUCUCCGGAGUUUAUUAUACUUUGAUAACAAUAUCUAAUUCAUAACUCUACUAAAAUGCCAAAGCUCCUCUCUGUGCCUGUGCAUUUUAGGAGAUAGUAUUUCUUUGUUUUUUUUUUUUUUUGUUUUUUGUUGUUGUUGUUGUUGUUGUUGUAUUUUGUUUUCUUUUUUUUUUUUUUGUUCUUGUUGUUUUUUUCGGAGCUGAGGACCGAACCCAGGGCCUUGUGCUUGCUAGGCAACUGCUCUACCACUGAGUUAAAUCCCAACCCCAGGAGAUAUUAUUUCUAAAUGGCUGUUUUUGCCUACACAAAAGACUCUUGUUGCGGUUGAAGAUGCAACAGCAUCGCGGAAUAAACCUGGGACUCGGUCAAGAUGCACAGUACAGAAAGCCAGUGGACUGGUGUGCAUUGUCUCUGGGCAGAUACUUGUGGAUGUUGCCACAUAGCUCAUAUUUAGAGGGUAGAAGAGGGGUGUGGCCACCCUUCUGGCUCCUUUGCUAUCCUUUCUCUUUUCUGCUUGAUUAAAGUGGGGACAGGGAUACUUAAUCCCACACUGACCUAGGCAUUCAAGAUGUUCCUCAGCAGAGGCAAAGUGCCUCGGGCUGAAGAAUUGUGUCUGAAUAUGUUAUUCUGAGCUGUAGAGAACCAUUUUUUCAUUUCCGUUUGAACUUUAGAUUUUGAUUUUUGGGAGAGGGUUUUUAUGUGGGUAGCUUUGGCUACUCUGGAACUAAUUCUGUAGACCAGCCUGGCCUUGAUCUCACAAAGGUCUUCCUCCUUCUGCCUCUUGAGUGCUAGAAUUAAAGGUGUGCUCCACCAUUGCCCAGCCCUCCUACGAACUUCUGAUUAUGACAGAAUUAGAUUCAGAUGCUCAAAACUGUUUAUCAUCGCCUUCCUCACCUUUUCCAAAGUUCUCUUAGACAAGAGACUUGGUUGAGCGCCCUUCCCCACCCCUCCCCAAUCAUUCUUGCAGGCACUCAUAUGACAGAGGCAACAGCACUAUGUGAGGUUUAAGCAGGUGAGCUCUUCAAACCCAGGCCAUGGUAAAGUAUGAAGCCUGAACACAGAACGAUAGCCACAAGACAGUGGACAAGGAGUGCCUUGGCCUACCACACUAGGUCUUCAGCCAAGAAGAAGAGGAUUUCUCUGAGGAGGAUGAGCACACCAUCCUUCCAGAAGCAGAGGAGGAGGAGUCCUUCUUCCCAGGCCCUGGGGACAAUUGUGGGCUGCAGAUUUUCUCAUGGAUGGAAGAAAUGUGAUGACCCCGUCACCCAAUGGAAGGCCAUCAUUCUAGAUCAACUGCCAACCAGUCCCUCCCUCUAUCUGGUCAAGUAUGAUGGAAUUGAUUGCGUCUAUGGACUGGCACUUCACAGUGAUGAGAGGAUAUGAAAACAUAAGAUCUUGACUCACAAAGUAGAGUUUCCUCAAGUGAAAGAAGCCCAUCUCGCAAGUGCCAUGGUUGGCCGAGCUUUGGAGCAUAAAUUUGAGGGAAAACAUAGCUCUAGAGACAACUGGAGAGUGGUGGUCCUAGCCCAGGUGCCGAUCAUGAAGGACUGGUUUUACAUCACCUAUGAGAAAGAUCCCGUCCUAUACAUCUACCAGAUCCUGGAUGAUUACACAGAAGGUAACAUCCAUAUCAUUCCAGAGAUUACUCCAGUAGAGGUGAAGUCAGAUGUUGACAGGGACAUCUUAACAGGACAAUGUGUGCAGUUCAUCAGAAGUGACGGGUCCAAAAAGAUCAGCAAAGUCGUUUACCAAGUUCUAGCAAAGCCUUCCGUGUACUUCAUCAAGUUUGAUUGUGAUGUCCACAUCUAUGUAUAUAAUCUGAUGGAAAAGAUCCGUAAAGGUGAAAUUCACAAAGUUUGGGGGACAUGGAUGGGGAAUUUAUAGGGUUGGGGGAAAUGUUUGUUUUUCUGUGUUUCAGAUACACAAGGGCCUUUGACAACCCCAGUAUCUUUUCCUGUGGAAUUUGUUUUUGCUCUAAAAUUAAAAUG